AGCAAAGUCCCAUCUUCAGAAAAUCCCGAUCUUUACAAAAAAGACUUACAGCCACUUCUCUGUGCCUCGGGCUCGAAGAUGGAUGAAGAGAAGGAUCAAGAUAAUUUUAAGACUUACACAGGAAGAAGUACCCUUCAGAGGCCUUUAUACCUCAUCUACAUCCUGCUGGCAGUCUCCUACUUGCUCGUUGUCAUUGGCUUCGCGGUGACCCUCUCCAAAGCCACAACACUGUCAUCACAACUGAGCGAAACACGCAACAAGAUAAAAAAUAACCCCUCUGGCCGUGAUCUCAAUUUGUUCCCAUGUGGCCCUGACAACGUACAGUGGGAAUACUUCAACGGGAAGUGUUAUUUCUUCUCCUUACAAGCAGUUCCCUGGCAGCAGGCCAAGACAAAAUGUGAAGAGCAGCAUGCAAGACUGGUCGUCAUUGAUGGUUUUCCCAAGCAGAAUUUCAUACAGACCCGAACCAGGAAUUUCCGUUUUUGGAUCGGACUCCACGAUUUGCACACAGAAGGAGAAUGGAAAUGGGUGGAUGGCAGCGACUACAAUACUGGUUUCAAGUACUGGAAGCAGGGAGAACCCAACAGUUACCGGAGUCAGGACGAGGACUGUGGCCAAGUCUGGAUCAACGGGGAAUGGGACGAUUACACCUGCAACUCUAAUUCUUUGUUUAUCUGUGAGAGGCCCAUGCCAAGCACCCCUCCGACAUCCAAAGGGAAGUGACCUCCUUCUGCCAUUUAUCCCCAAGGAAGGAAGAGGAGGGGAGGGUGGAACGGUCCAGUGGGAAAAGAAAUUUUAUUUCACUUAGUAGUUGCUGGUGAGCAAUCAUCUUGCUGUGCAGUAGAAGAGCAAGAUUUGAGUCAAUAGUACCUUAAAGACCGAUUAGAUUUCGACUGCUGUCUCAAGGCCAAGCUACCAGUGACGAAUGACACUUGAAUGGCAAGUGAACAGACUUACAUGGCAUUCCUCGUGCAAGUGAACAUGGAGGAAUGCAUGAGAGUCUGUUCACUUGCCGUUCAAGUGUCAUUCGUCACUUGUAGCUUGGCCCAAAGAGGUCCUGUAAGAGAACCAAAAGGAAGCUUGCAGUUAACAAAAGCAUGCUAGACAAUCUGGCUUUUAAACUCAAUAAAACCCAUCUGUACAUAUUUUAAAAGGAUCUGGUUGUAUUAUAGCCUCUGAGAAAUGGCCUAUAUUAGCAUUCAGUUACAGGCAUAUGAACCAAGCCUUUGCUACAUCCUCUUCCACUUCUGACUGCAGUAUAAGUACUCUAUUUCUUAUUUUAUUUUAUUUUUUUGACGAAGGGAGCUCUUUGACCCUCGAAAGCUUAUACUCUGGAAAUCUUGCUCUUUUAGGGGCUACUGACUCACAUCUUGCUCUUCUACGGCUAACAUUUUUCCUGAUCUUCUUUGAUUCUGCAUGGGUGGAAACACCUUUUCUGAAUUUUCCCUGAAACAUCAGGAAAGCAAGGCCAAUUGUUAAGGAGGGCAAACUCCCCCAAGAGGCCAGUGAAAAAAGAACAACCUCUAAAAAAUUUUGUACGUUUUAGUUUUCUUGAAACAGUUUAACUUUGUAAAAUUUGAUAGUUGAGGGAAAUUGUGAUGGAAAUUUUGAUGACGGUAUGCUGUUCUUUGGAAGCUGGAAAAUGAGAUCUCACUUUAUGAAGAAUUAUUUCUUGCAAUGUAAUAGCACUGGUAUCUAACUACCUUACAGGGCUGUUGUAAGGAUAAUUGAGAUAACGUACGGGAAGAGCUUUGGAUAAUUUGAAAAACACACACAUGCUUUUGUGCUUUUGCUACUAUAACUUUAUAAUUAAAAUGUGUCCCAAAUUUGUAUUUGCACACAAGAGAUAAUACCCACAGCAGAGAAAUGCCAGAGAAAUGCCAGAUGGAGAAGCUAUGUCUAUUGUAGCAAAAAAAAUAAACCAAAUUUUA